AUCCCUGACGAAAAUGAACCAAUAUAUGGCACCGCCUGCCGACGAUCCGGUGAAUAAAUUGCAAAAUCUACUGCAAAAUACAUUGUACAGCUUUGCGGACAUUACCAUCACCCUGGCACCGGAAAAGGCGCAGGAAUUCAAACAACAGUGCGCCAAUCUCGGAAUAACGCUACCGGAAGAACCCAAAGAAUCGGAAUCUAAUGUGUCUAAACCUGAGGAGCAGGACAAUUCCACCCCGGAAGUACCGUUAAAUGCAGGCUCAAUCACUGAUCGAGUAAACCGUAUAGGAAUCCUAAACGACCAUAUACAAGCAACGGUUAACGAACUGCCUGAUAUGAAAGUAACAAAGGCUGAUCUAAACGAACAAAUACGCUUGCUACAUGAGGAAAACGAACGUGCUGCCGAGGAAUUACAAGAACUCUACGGAAAGUAUAACGACAUGUUCCAGUUACUACGUAAAUACCUUAACAAACAAACGUGUUAAU